CAUUUCAGUGCAGGCCCCGCUGAAAUCAAGCUAAGCAAGAAAUAACAACUCUUCGCAAGAUAGACUACGCUCAGGCAUCAUGGAUCGAUUGCCCCUCGAACUGCAUAUACGAAUCGGCCGACAUCUGCGCACCCAAGAUUUAUACCAGCUGGUUCUCGUCUCAAAAUCAUAUCAUUCCACUUUCACCCCGGAGCUUUACCGCGAGAUCAUGAUUUCGGGAGAAUACCAGGAGUCUAACACCAAUUUCUACUGGCCAUCUGCCCCGGUAACGCGCAAGAGCCGCCCUCCUGGCCGAUGUCUCCCUUAUGCCCUUAGUGAACACCCAGUCCUUGCUGGUUUCGUCCGCUCACUGGUAUUGGCUAGACUCCUUGCUCCCCAUCCGGUGACCAGACAGACAAUCCUGUGUUGGCAAAAGGCCCUUGAUUCUGACGAAAAACUCGAUUCUCGCCAGCCCCUGAGAAAUCCCUGGUUCGCCCUGCUAUUGCUUCAGCUCAAGAAUCUACGGCGUCUUUCUGUUUAUUUGCCAUGCGAGGAACGCGUGUCUGGACUAAACUACACCUCUGCGACGCCUUAUUUUGGCAGCGUCAUCCAUGGGGCAGCAAAACCCGGAUCAGGGAUCCUCCCCCGCUUGACCCAUCUCACUAUCAACGAAGCUCACUUACAGUGGCAUCAUAAGCGGUCAGGUAUACCCCUGAGUCAGCUAACACCAUUUCUUCGGAUCCCUUCCCUGAGAUGUAUACGUGUUAGGCAGCUCACUGAGAAUAAUAAGCAAGCUCUCCCUCGCGACUUCAGCUGCGGAAUAACCCAUAUUGAUAUCGAACAGUGUGAUAAAACCAUCACUCAAUUGCCACGCCUCCUCUCGGGGUGUUCAAAGCUCGAAUCCUUCACAUGGGCGCUCGAGGAGUCAACACAUCAUUUCUAUAAUGACCCGCACAGUCCUGCUUACCACUGGAAUCCUAACUGCGUGUAUGCUCCUCUUUACGAAGCCCGCUCCACGCUGCGGCACCUUACUAUGAUAUCUUAUGAGUGCAGUGGCAACAUGGCCCUCUUUCACGAUCUGGAGUAUCCCCAGCCAGCAUACUUCGGGCCCCUGUGUGACUUUCCUGUCCUGGAAACCCUAAAAAUGCCGAUGGUUAAUCUAAUGCCUUUUCAUCCCGGCACACAUGUCCCGGUUUCUCCUCUGUGGGAGACUCUCCCAAGCUCGCUCAAGUCCCUAUCCAUAUACGGGUGUCUUUUGCAGAGUUCGCAUAUGCUGUGCGACGAGCUGGAAGACUUGGCAGCACAUUGCCAGACACAUUUCUCUCUGCUUAAUAUGGUGUACAUCGUGUAUUCCAGUUUUGAGAAGAUCAAUGGGCAGCAAUGUAGUGCCUGUCGCGGCGAACGUUCUACUAAGUACGAUAUGGUCAAGCGAGACCCAGUGAUCGAUGGGUGGCUUGAAGCAUUGAAAGUCAGGUUUAAAAUGCUCGGGGUCAUUUUGGCCGUCAAUGAAUCCAUGAAUUGGUUCUGAACUUAAAUUGGUGGUGGUAGCUGGGUAUUAUAUAGAGCUGUCCGAACAUAGCUUGUAAUUAUGAUUAGAG